UAUUGAGAAGAUCCACUCAUCGCAUGCGCACAAGGCACAUAAACGAGAGUCUUUAUACCUGCAGAGCUCUUGUUGUUUAUUUUGAUGUUAGUCAGAGACUCAUAUAAUAUAUAAUAAUAAUAAUAAAUAAUAAUAUAAGUCCUCCAGCACCCCACCGGUGACGCAGCGCACGCACGCCCGGGUCCUCGCCUCCCCGCCGGCUGUCAGCUCGCUCCCUGCAGCCUCCGUCAUGUUUACCUCGCAGACUUCGUCUUUCCAAGACUCGAUCGACGUGGAGGAGAGAGAUGAUUUGACAGCGAAGACAUCGCAGGAUACAGCCAGAAAACACAGCUCGACUGCUACACACCACCUACUGUACCAGGGCACAAGAUCUGAGGCGUCUGAGGAAAAUGUGGCGUGGAAUCAGAGACGAGCAGACUCCACGACCAGUCAGGAAGACUUUAGCCUGACACUAAUUGACAGCAGCCUGCCGUUGGAGGCGGAACCUGAGCUGCGGACCUACAUUUCAAGGAGGCUGAGCAAAGGAGCCCUGCUGGGCGGCAUGGGCAACAUUGCCACUGUGGAACUCAGUCUCCCAGAGGAGGCAGUCGGCUGCUACUGCUGCCUCCUGGAGCAGGAAAGGUCUCCCGAGCAGCCUGAUGCUGAUGGAAACGGAUAUGUCAUCUGCUUUAUGGGUGGAUCUGAAAAAGGACUUAACCUAUUCAGAUUAGAGCUUGAUAAAUACGUCCAAGGCCUGCACAGCAGCCUGCAAACCCCAGAGCUGCAUAAUCUUGAAACAGAGGUGCGUCCCUACCUGAGCCGGUGGUACGAGGAGUCUGUGAUGCACAUUCAUCGGGUGGUACAACUGGUCCAGAGCAACAUCAGCUUCUUGCUGCAUGCCGCUCUGAGUCACACACACGUGGAGGUCAUUAAUUCAGAUGAGAGGACAAAGGCUGAUGUGUCCAGGUUCAUCAAAGCAGCCAGUUUACAGGGCCUGUCCCAACAAGACACUACAACAGCUUCUCUAUGUAAGGCUAUCUCAGAGGACACACACUCUGACCUGACCAUAGACUGCUCCUCCAGCCCACCGACGCUCUCAAACACUGUGAGUAAUCGUUUCUGUGAUGACUGGAUUCAGGCAUUUCUAAACGCUGCGGAGCGUUGUAAUCCUUUCCUGCUCAGACAGAUUCUGGAGAACUUUAAACUUAAGGCCAUCCAGGACAUGAACAGCCUAAAGCGCUUCGUGCGUCAGGCAGAGAUGAGUCAUUACGCCCUGUUUCGCUGCUGCCAGUUCCUGCAGGGCUGCGGAAAUGGAGACGUGCUGCUGCAGAACGCCAGGGCGGAGCACAGCGACCUGCCUGAAUCCUGCAGCAUCAUCACUGUCCUGGAGGAGUUCCUCAAGGAACAAUCCCAGGCCCAGGCUUGAUUCCAUUGUGGCACCUAAAUCCAAGUUGGUGAGCCUUGAUACUCUCUGUAGCUGGUAAGACAGUCUGCUCUUCCAGCCACAAAGCAGAAAACCUAGUACCGCUCUAAAUCUAGCACUACAACCUUUGUUGAACAUUAGUUUGGCAGUGGGGAAAUUUUGAAUCAGCCAUAUUCAGAAUUUAAAUUUAAGUUAAAAAAUAUGUUUCCUCUGCUGGCACUACUUCUUCGAGUGUUGGUCACAUCUGGAAUAUGUACUGUAAAACACUGACAACUUACAUACAGCUCAACAAACGUCUUUUUUUUAAAUAAUAUUAGUUUAUUGACUAAUAUUAGUUUAUUGACUAAACAUCACUGCACCAAUCUUAACAAUUAAGGCUAGCUGUUAUUUGAAGAUGACAGAUGUUUAGAUCUAGUUGUGGAGUGGCACUUUCCCAAUCUUUUUCCUUUGUGAUUAUUCCGCUGUGUGAAGGUGUGUAACAAUAUGAACCAAAUAUAAUCUAGUAAUUUUGCUAACUGACAAUGAUCACAACACAAGAACUGAUCCAAAAUAAAUCUUCUACUCACUGGAGUGGGAUUAUCUGUGGCUCAUGUGAUGUCCAAAUAUUAUUUUAUUAUUGUUUUGUAUUAUAUUUGAUUGUAUUAAUUUUUGAGAAUGCACAAAUCACUUUUAUGCAUUGCUUUGUUAUAUAGGCCUCGUUUUUGCUUACAUUUCAACCCAUUACGCUACACAUGUCUAAUUUAAUACUGCUACUUUAUGUACUUGUGUCUAGCAAGUGAUAUUAGAUGUCAGUUUAAUCCUUAUCUGGGAAUGCAGUGUUGUGGAUAUAUUGUGAUUUUUGGAUGUUAUUUAAAGGGUUUAAAAAAAAAAAAUCAGCCGUCACCAGCUGAAGUCUAAAAAACGACAAAGAAAAAAUAAGAAAUUAAAAUGUAGAUGAUAUAUAAAAGUGCUCACAAUAAAUGUUGGCAUGCCUUUGUUUUAUUUUCCUUUCAUUAUGUAUCUGCAAUUAUAUUAUUAUUAUUAUAACCAAGCUAAAACCAUUCCCAUUCAGACCAGUCCAAAGUACAUACAGCAAUAUUAAUGUUGAUGGUGUAUACUUUCAAACUGUGAAAAGGUGACAUGUAAAUGAGUUAUUUUAUUAUUGUAAACCAUGGCGUGACAGACCGGCAGUGCGUGAUAUGUAGAUAUUUCUGUACAGCGUAUCGUCUAUGACUACAGAUGUGGUUUUCAAU